CCUCUCUCUCUCUCUCUAUAUAUACACACAAAAUCUGUAUUCAUUCGACUUCUCUUUUUUUUGUUUCUGUUAAAUUAAACAUCUUUCUCACCUUUCAUACCCUAUCCAGUACACCAAAUUGGCGCCAACAAAGAAGCUAAGACGAUUGAAGAUUAAAACAUCACAGAAAUAUGAAGUUUUCUUGCCCAGUUUUGAAGUGUUUCGGCUCUGCAUCACAAAGCUCAGAGGACAGAGAAAUCCGGCAUGGUGAAGGAAACGGGGAGAGAUUUCGGAUAUUUUCUUACGAGGAGCUGAGAUCUGCGACUCAAGGGUUCAGAUCAUCCUGCAAGAUUGGGGAGGGGGGAUUUGGCAUUGUGUACAAGGGUCGACUCCGAGAUGGAAGUUUUGUGGCUGUUAAGGUUCUGUCGGUCGAGCUGGGAUCGUUGCGUGGGGAGAGGGAGUUCAUCUCCGAGAUUUCUGCAUUGUCUGAUAUCAAACAUGAGAAUUUGGUCAGGCUCCGAGGAUGUUGUGUUAAUGGUGAUCACAGGCUUCUAGUCUAUGAUUACAUGGAAAACAAUAGCCUUAUUCACUGUUUUCUUGGGGGAGAGCAAAGCAGGAUGAGGUUCAGGUGGGGGCAGAGGAAAGAGAUAGCUUUAGGUAUAGCUAGGGGGCUAUGCUAUCUACACGAAGAGUUGAAUCCGCACAUUGUUCAUCGUGAUGUCAAAGCCAGCAACGUUCUAAUCGACCAAAAGUUCGUGCCGAAACUCUCGGAUUUUGGUCUGGCAAGGUUGUUCAGAGACAACACUUCCCACAUUAGUACUGGUGUCGCAGGAACAUUAGGCUAUCUUUCCCCGGAAUAUGCUGUCAGCGGACAUUUAACCCGAAAGUCAGAUGUCUAUAGCUUCGGAGUACUAUUACUAGAGUUGAUCAACGGUGGCCCGAUAGUCACCUUCGAUAUAGAACGAGGAGAAAUUUUCUUAGUUAACAAGGCGUGGGAGCUGCACAACGCGGGGCGGCUGACGGAGCUAGUUGACCCGUUACUGGGCGGAGAUUUUCCGGCGGAGGAGGGCGGCCGGCUGUUGAAACUCGGCCUGCUCUGCGUGCAAGAAACGGCGAGUCUCCGGCCAAAGAUGUCGGCGGUGAUGAAGAUGAUGAGCAGCGAGGAUUCCAUGGAGGGCGUAGAGAUCACAAGGCCUGGGAUUGUGGCUGAUCUCAGAGAUGUGAAGAUUGGCAACAAAACUUCGUCGCAGAGCUUUUUCUCCAACCGGCCAUCGACUAGCAUGAGCCCUUCAAGCCCAUUUCACGGAGGGAUUAGAAGAACUUUUUCUUAAUCUUAUCGUUACAGCCAUUUUUAGCUAGAUUAGUACAGAGAUGUUUCAGACUUCAUAGGAUGGAUGUUCAGAUUCUUGGGCUAGCUAGAACCUUGAUUCUUUUGUUUUUGGAUAAAUAGGAAAGAUUUAGGGAUGUUUGGUAAAUAGCGGUUGGCUAAUUGUAGAAAGAUUUUUGGUAAAUUAGUUGUUAAUUGAUAGCUGAUUAUAUAUAAAAUGACUGCCAAAGCCCUUGUGGUCAA